AUGUCCUUCAUAAAAACCUCGUUGAAAAACGCAAGGGACGCGAUCAAAGCCAAAAAUUAUGAAGACGCGAUAAAACAUUGUCAGAAUGUUUUGCAGUAUGAGGCUGAUAAUUAUAAUGCGUAUGUGUUCCUUGGAGUCGCUCAACUGAAUUUGAAUAAGCCAGAUGAAAGUGAAAAGGCUUAUCAAAAAGCCAUUGAGAUCAAUUCUUCUCAACUGCUUGCAUGGCAGGGUCUUGCAAACUUUUAUGAAAAACAGGAAAACUGGGUAAAGCUUGGUGAAACUUGGGUCGAAUUGUUGAAUAGGCAUAGGGAGAAAUCGGAAAGCAAAGAAGUGUUGGAUAUGAUAAACAAGAUCGUGGACUUACAUUUGAAUAAAGAAAAGGUUAAGAAGAAGGCGGUUGAGACUUUAAAGUAUUUAUUGCCAACAAGUCCAUAUUAUAGAUUGAUACAAGACUUGGACAAUUUUCCACCACCAAAGCAAACACUAUUACGAAUAAUAGAAUUGCUAGAGCAGGACGAGUCGGAGACAAUUAAACGUGAAAUCGAUGCAAGAAGAUAUCGACUUAAUGCGGGAACGCUAGCUACCAUCAGAGUUCAGGUCGAAAAUGAAGUUUACGGAAGUUCAGAGUUAGAAGGAUUCUAUGACUCCCUAUUUGAAAUUGUGGAUGAUAGUUCAGAGGCUUCAGAUAUCAACAAAUCUAAGAUUUCGGUGGGAUAUAUCUCACAUCUUCAAAAGAAACUUAACGCCAUUCCCUCAGAAAAUAGACGACAGUUGAAUGAGAAAAUUAUCAAACGAGCCAAGCAGCUGGUCGAACAAAAUGAUACAACUUCAAGUUUGCCGUAUGAAAUACUUAUUAAUAGGACCAAUGCCGUUAAACUAGAGGAUUAUGAUGAAGAUUUGCUGAAAAGUUAUUCUGAAAAAUUUCCUGAUACUGGUCUGUCAAAAAUAAUUCUGGCGUAUUUCAGCGCAUUGCAAGGAGAUACAUCCGAAGCUCAUGAACUUUAUCAUGAAGGAUUGGAGUUGGGAAAAGGCAGUAUUUUUGGGAAUAUGGCAUUGAGUUGGUUUAACCACGAUAUUAAGAAUUAUGAUUCGGCUUUGGAAUACGCAAAGAAUGGUAGAGAUUUGACAAACAAAUACAACAAAAAGACGGGUUCCAAAUUGGAUAGGGUUUUACGAUCUUUUGAAAUAUGCAUGGCAAAUUGUUAUCUAAACAUUGGCGCCAAGUUUCAUGAUGAUGCGAUGUCAAUAUAUCAGAAAAUUCGACAGAAAGAUUGUAAUAACAUGAUGGCUCUUCAUGGGAUUGGUAAAAUACUAUCUGCGCGAGGGAAAUUUGAAGAGUCAAUCAAAGUGUUUGAAGAGGCUCUCGAAUUGGAUACGAGGGAUCAUAUUUCAAAAAGCGAACUCGCGUGGAUUUAUUUUUUGUUGGAAAAUUAUGAAGAUGCAAUUCAGUUGAUUUCUGAAGCGAUUGAAAUAUGUGAUGGCAGCGCCCUUUAUCAUUAUCGUUUGGGCAGAAUAUAUUGGGCUAUUGGAGAGUAUCGGAGAGAUAAGAAAUAUGCAUAUUCGCAGUUUUUUUCUUCGGUUAAGCUGGAUCUCAGAUUUUCCAUGUCAUUCACGUAUCUUGGUCAUUAUUAUCGUUUGAUUGAGAAAAAUCGCGUGAGAGCGAAGAGCUGUUACCAGAAAGCUAUCACAAUUGAUCCACAGGAUGAGGAAGCGGGAACACAAUUAGGUGAGUUUUAUCGAUCUAGUGGGGAGAAGGACUUGGCCCUUGAAAUAUAUCAAGCGGCCAUUCAGGCGAAUUCUCGAGCUGGAUGGGCGUGGAGGCAGUUGGGAUUUUUCAAAUUGGCCGAUGGAAAUAAUGCGGAAGCUAUAACGGAUCUUCAGGCCGCUCUCAAAAUUGAUGCAAAAGAUGUCAGUUGUUGGGAAGGUCUUGCGGAUGCUUACAUGCGCGAAGGUCGAUACACAUCUUCAAUGAAGGCCUUUGCUCGAGCAAUUGAAGUGGAUCCAUCGUCAGUUUACGCUCAUUUUCAGAUUGCAAACAUUAAGCAAAAGUUGGGUAUGUUCGAAGAGUCCAUCGAUCAAUACAAAUUGACUAUCGAGAAAGCCCAAUUGAAAGGGGACCAGAGUCACCUGCCAUCGGCAAAAGGAAUCGGUGAUUGUUACUUGGCGUUGGCGAAAGAGCAUUUUAUUUCCGGAUUGUAUGGUCGAGCAGCUGAGUUGUUAGGUGAUGGGUUAUUGAUAAUGGAUCAGACGGUUAAAGAAUAUCAUGAACAUAUAUGUCUUUGGAAGUUGAUAGGGGAUCUUUGCAUGACCGCAACUUUACUACCAAACUAUCUACAUUUGAUGCCUUUGGAUUCCAUAAAUAAUUUAAUAGAGAUCCCUAGACGUUUAGACCUUGAUGCAAAAUUGCAUUUACAUAAAGAGACCGAUGAAUUUGGGUUAAACUUGUGUAAAAAUUCUGAUGCUGAUAGCAUUUCGAAUUUUGAUUUGAUCUUGGUACUUCUUACUUGCGGGUGUCUCUCAUAUAAGUAUGCCAUCGUACUUGGUGGAAAUCGCCCAGAUACCGCACCAUCAUUAUGGUACGACCUGGGUAUUACUUAUUAUAAAAUUUUUGAGAGUUAUUCCCGGAGAGACGAAUCUAGCUCAUUAUCAUCAGGUUACAUAAACGCGGCGGCUAGAUGUACCAAGGUUGCUUUGAAAUUUGAACCUACAAAUUCCAAUUUUUGGAACGCUCUUGGAAUCAUUACUAUUUCUGUCGACGCAAAAGUCAGUCAACAUGCUUUUAUCAAAGCGAUCAAGUACUCUCCAAAGAGUCCGAUGAUAUGGGCAAAUCUUGGGUUUUUGUACUUAAUACGUUCGGAUUUAGAGCUUGCGAAUCAAGCAUUUUUAAAUUCGCGUUCACUCGAUCCUGACUAUCCGUUGGCCUGGGUCGGGUUGGCACAUGUCGCGAAUCUUUGGGGAACUGACGAGGCACCAGGAUUAUUUGAACACGCAUACGAAAUUAGUGGCGGUUAUGUGCUCGAUGCAGAUUAUGGCUUUGCGUCUCAAGCAUUUUCACAAUAUAAGAAAUCUUCAACCUUUCAUAAAUCUUCGUUGAUAUCACCACUGUUUGCCUUGGAAAAACUUGUAGAACAAGAUCCCAAUGAUUCAGCAUCGUUAAAUCUACUGGGUCUAUUAUACGAAUGGCUCGAUCAACCCCAGAAAUCCGCGGAAGCCUUUAAUGGUGCAAUCAUGGCUCUUGAACAAAAAAUUCGACAGCUGGAACAGUUAGCCUCAGUUCAAUAUGAUGACGGAGAUGAUGAGAAGGAUUUAUUAUCCUCAAAAUUGAAUCCAUUUAUCAAAAAGCUUGCAUACGUACAAGGGAAUCUGGGAAGAGUUCUUUGCGGUGUGGGAGAGUUUAACCAAUCAAUCAAGGCAUACAUUGAAGCAUUGAACCUAAUCGAGAGGCAAGAAGAUUCCGAAUCCUUGUCAAUGAUGUCAUUCAGGAUCUACACGAUUUUAGGAGCAGGAUUGGCAUAUUAUUUUAGCAACGAUUUUGAGAACUCAUUAAGUAUGUUUGAUGACGCACUUGACAAGGCCGAGAAACCCAUGCAAAUGUUAGAACAGAAACGGGGUUCUGAUGAUAUUUAUGGAAUCAGUGAAGUGAGAAAGGAUGUUGCAGUUUUAUUGUCGCAAGUUCUUUGGGCCCUGGAGGGAGAUGAGCAGAGGAAAUUGGCGAGAGAGGAACUAUUCAAAUGCAUCGAGGAAAAUACGCAUCAUCUUCCCGCAAUGUUUGGAUUGUGUGCCAUGGGUUUAUUACAAGAUGAUCCUACAUUGAUCGAAGCGACUCUAACUGCGAUGAAUAAUUUGCCCAUAAAAAUUACUGACAAGUUCGAUAGAAAUAAGGAUAUUGAUUUUUUGCGUAGUCGAUAUUUCCUAUUACAGGGUUUUGUUGAAGAGGCAACAUCUUCUCUAUCCAAGGCGGUUCUACUUAAACCCUACGACCUUAUAAGUUGGACGAACUUAUCAUCUCUUCUCGUCUCAACCGCCACACCGGUUGCGUCUGUUUCUACAUCAAGUACUGCCUUAGAAUUAAUUUCCAAUCCGCGAUCUUCUGCGUCCAAGAAUCUUAGAGUAGAGGAAAAGUUAAAAGUAUAUCAAAACUAUACCUUGUCAUUGAUAAUCACCAGACGAAACUUGAAACGGAACUUGCCGGCGAGGAAUAUUGAUAUUGAGCAUCCGAAGGAAGACGGAAUGGUUGUGAAUGAAAGUGUUGAAUACGAGCAACUUGGAAUGAGGAUGUUGGAAGUUGCACAGAAGGCCGUCUUUCUGGCACCGUGGAAUCUAGUUGGAUGGUCAUUGCUUGCUGUUUCUUAUGCUGAAAGUUAA